GACACGAGAGUCACGCUAAAAGCGUGUAUUGGAUGCAUUGCAUUCUCUACCAUUUUCGGGCACAAAUGAUAAAUGUGAAAGGACAAAGCGGCGGCAUAAACUCUCCCGCUCGCUCCCUCCGUCCCUCCAUUUCCGUUUUAUGAUCUCGCUUCGACCUUACCACCGUAACACACGCUCUCUGUCUCUCCAUUAAAGCUUGGGUAGUAAGUCUCCCCUUUGCGUGUCUCUGUUCGUCAGAUGGUCAAAGGAGCAAGUGGUAGCAGAUUACGGCUCCUCUACGCAGUUUAAGUUGAAGGAUUUUACAUUUAGGUUGAAGUCCAUAUAUAGUCAACAUGUAUCUUUGGAAAAGACAGCCUCAGAACCAUCAAGUGGAUGAUUCUGACAAUCAAGAUGCAAAGGUUACUGAACUUAGGGCUGCUCUUGGACCCUUACUUGGGCAUAGUUCAAUGUUCUGCUCAGAUGCAUGCCUGAGAAGAUAUUUGAAAGCUCGGGACUGGAAUGUUGAAAAGGCAAAGAAGAUGUUGGAGGGGACACUUAAGUGGAGGGAAACUUAUAAGCCUGAAGAAAUUUGUUGGCAUGAAAUAGCACAUGAAGGUGAAACUGGCAAAGUUUUCAGGGCAAAUUUUCGUGAUCGAUAUGGUAGGCCUGUUCUCAUCCUAACGCCAGCAAAGCAGAGCUCGGAUGAUGCAGAAAAUAGUAUUCGCCAUUUAGUCUAUCUACUGGAAAAUGCUAUCCUUAACCUUCCUGAGGGUCAAGAGCAAAUGUCAUGGUUGGUAGAUUUCACAGGGUGGAGCUUGGCCACCAAUAUCUCUGUCAGAACAGCUCGUGAUGUCAUUAACAUUUUACAAUGUCACUACCCAGAAAGACUAGCCAUUGCAAUUAUCUACAAUCCACCUAGAAUUUUUGAGGCAUUCUGGAAGGCCGUCAAGUACUUUCUUGACCCGUUGACAUUUCAAAAAGUGAAGUUUGUUUACACAAAUAAUAAAGAGAGCGUGGAGCUGAUGAGAUCGUUGUUUGAUGUUGAAAACCUUCCAAGCGAGUUUGGAGGAAAAGCCACCCUUACAUAUGAUCAUGAGGAGUUCUCGAGGCAGAUGGGGGAGGACGAUGUGAAGACUUCUAAGUUCUGGGGAAUUGAUAAAAAAUGAGUCACACUGCCAAUGGCCGUUCAGGGGCGGAGGUGCCACCGCUUGCUGCUGCACCACUCUCAUAUUGAAUUCCCUUGUCUAGUCCCUAUAAAUGGCUGAAAAAUAAGUACUUUGUAAUGCUGCAUAUGCAAUUAUGCAUGGUAAAUGAUUAAUCUUUCUUCUAUGAGAAUAUACUCAAACUAGCAUAUGCAAACCCCACUAUAGUUUUGCUGCA